GGGGCUCGGAAGCGGAGCGGCGCGGCCUGCCGUGCUCGCACUCGGACGCCCCGCGCCCCCACGUACACGCCCGGGCUCUGCGCGCCCCCGCCCGGGACACCCCAGGCCCGCUCCGCUCGAGCUAGGCCGCGCGGGCCGAGCGAGGCGGCCGCGCCGGCCGGAGGAGCAGGAUGUCCUUCCAGGGCAAGAAGAGCGUCCCCCGGAUCACGUGACUAGAAUCCCGAGAACGUGGUCCGCACGGAGAUGAAGAAGAUGUGAGGAUAGCGCAGUAAGGCUCCCACGGUGCGGGCUCUGUGGCGCUUUAGCCGUCCCACGGGGUUCCUGCAGACGGCACCGCACAGCUUGGCUCCGUGGCGUCGGCUGAUGGUGCGUGAAGAGCCACCGACCUCAGGCCGGAGCCCCGGCCUGGCCUCGGCGUGGACUCGUGGAAGCCCCCGCAGAGGGCCCCACCUCCCUGUGAGGUUGGCCCGACGCUCCUGCCCGGUCAGAGCGACCGCCUUCUGAUUAAGGGUGGGAAGGUCGUCAAUGAUGACCAGUCCUUCCGCGCGGAUCUGUACGUGGAAGACGGCGUGAUAAAGUGAGUCCGUGCCUCCGGGAUCUUCACCGAUCACAUGUACACACGGAUCACAGACAAAUUGGAGAAAACCUCAUUGUCCCCGGAGGCAUCAAAACCAUCGACGCACAUGGCCUGCUGGUCCUGCCGGGCGGCAUUGACGUCCACACGAGGCUGCAGAUGCCCGUCCUGGGCAUGACCCCAGCAGACGACUUCUGCCAGGGGACCAAGGCCGCCCUAGCAGGAGGGACCACCAUGAUCUUGGACCACGUGUUCCCCGACGCGGGUGUGAGCCUGCUGACGGCCUAUGAGCAGUGGCGGGAGCGCGCGGACGGCACGGCCUGCUGCGACUACUCUCUGCACGUGGACGUGCCCCGCUGGCACGAGAGCAUCCGCGAGGAGCUGGAGGCCCUGGUCAAGGACAAAGGCGUGAACUCCUUCCUGGUCUUCAUGGCAUACAAGGACAGGUGCCAGUGCACAGACGGCCAGAUGUACGAGAUUUUCAGCAUCAUCCGGGACCUGGGUGCGCUAGCUCAAGUGCACGCCGAGAACGGGGACAUCGUGCAGGAGGAGCAGAAGCGGUUGCUGGAGCUUGGCAUCACUGGCCCUGAGGGCCACGUGCUCAGCCGCCCUGAGGAGGUGGAGGCUGAGGCUGUGUACCGUGCCGUCACUAUUGCCAAGCAGGCCAACUGCCCCCUGUACGUCACCAAAGUGAUGAGCAAGGGUGCGGCCGACGUGAUUGCCCAAGCCAAGCUCAGGGGGGUGGUCGUGUUCGGGGAGCCCAUCACUGCCAGCCUGGGCACUAGCGGCUCGCACUACUGGAGCAAGAACUGGGCAAAGGCCGCAGCCUUCGUCACAUCGCCCCCCAUCAACCCAGACCCCAGCACCGGGGACCACCUCACCUCCCUGCUGGCCAGUGGGGACCUCCAGGUGACCGGCAGUGCCCACUGCACCUUCACCACCGCCCAGAAGGCUGUCGGCAAAGACAACUUCACGCUCAUCCCCGAGGGCACCAACGGCAUCGAGGAGCGCAUGUCUGUGGUCUGGGAGAAAUGCGUGGCCUCAGGCAAGAUGGACGAGAACGAGUUUGUGGCUGUGACCAGCACAAAUGCUGCCAAAAUCUUCAACGUGUACCCGAGGAAGGGGCGCGUGGCCGUGGGCUCUGAUGCUGACCUCGUUAUUUGGAACCCCAAGGCCACAAAAAUCAUUUCUGCCAAGAGCCACAACCUGAACGUGGAGUACAACAUUUUUGAAGGCCUCGAGUGCCGAGGAGCCCCCACGGUGGUCGUCAGUCAGGGCAGGGUGGUGCUGGAGGAUGGGAACCUGCUUGUCACCCCCGGGGCUGGACGCUUCAUCCCCCGCAAGACGUUCCCCGACUUCGUCUACAAGCGGAUCAAGGCGCGCAACCGGCUGGCCGAGAUCCACGGUGUGCCCCGAGGCCUCUAUGAUGGGCCCGUCCACGAGGUGAUGGUGCCCGCCAAGCCGGGGGGCAGUGCCCAGGCCCGGGCAUCCUGCCCAGGGAAGAUCUCGGUCCCACCCGUGCGCAACCUGCACCGGUCGGGGUUCAGCCUGUCUGGUUCGCAGGCUGACGACCACAUUGCCCGCCGCACGGCCCAGAAGAUCAUGGCGCCUCCCGGCGGCCGUUCCAACAUCACCUCCCUGUCCUAGGCGUCUGCGGCCCAGCGAGGCGCUGGUGUCCCGCCGCCGCCCCGCAGCGGCUGGUGGGGGCCGCUCACCUCACGUAGCCGUCCCUUUGCUGAAUUUACCUGAAAGGUGCUUGGCCUCACCUGCCCUGCCCCAGAAACCCCCCUUCUGGGGUCCCAGGUCCCCUAGGAGGAGCCCACGCAAGGAGAAGGGGUCUCACUGCCAGGUUGAGGAGGCUGGAGAUGGUGGCCCGGGGGACAGCCUGGUGCUCCAUGAGGCAGGGCAGCCGCCCGGCCAGGCCCUCAGGAUCCCCCGGGGCCUCACAGAUGUGCAGACAGCAGGCCAGGCCACAGGUUCAGGCCGUUGGCUCCCCCUCCCCCCAGGGAUCACGGCCCUGCGAAGCCCCGGGCCUUCUGCCAGCUCCUCUCCCUGCCCGCCCUGGCGUGGGGGAGCCCCCGGCGAGCCGGCCCCCCGCCCCAGAGCUGCUGAGACUUCAGGGACGCGCGGGCACUUAGCGAAGGGCGGCCUCGCUUGUACGCCUUACCAGGGCCCAAACUUGCCCGCGUAGUAGCCUGUUUCCGGGGCUUAGGGUCAUUUAGCUGAGAUCUGUCCCUUCACCACUGAGUGUACGUCACAGUAGUCGACUAGAGCAGCCGUUUUGUGCAUCGAGGACAACCGUAGCCAGGAAGCUGCAUGCCACACGCAGCCCAGACGGUGGCCUGCGCCCCGCACCCCCAGGUUUCGGGGCGAUUAAAGGCGUCUGGGCUAGAA